AUGACCAGAGUGCAUGGGUCUGUUCAUAUGAGAGAAGGCAAUCUUUCAGGGAGCUUUUCCGGGGACAAUGACCACUUCUUGGCAAUUCAUCAAAGAAAGACUGGGAAGCCAAUCUUCAUUUACCAUCAUGUGCAAAGUGUUGAAAAAAGUUUAGAUACAAGUGAUCAGACGGAUUAUGGACUCAAAUCUCAUCUGUCUUCUCAUGCAAAACUAAACAAGCUGCACCCUGCCAUUGUACUUAAGUCAACGUUUUCGAGACCUGCACAUGACCCAUCUCUCAAUCUCUUAGCUAUGACAGGUGAGGACCAGGAAGUGGAAAAUCUACCAGUUCCGGCAACAAAUGUGAUUACUGUGACUCUGCAAAUGGAUGUAAACAAGCUGAAUAUCACGUUGCUUCGAAUUUUCCGCCGGGGAGUGGCUGCCGCUUUAGGAUUGCUUCCGCAGCAAGUGCACAUCAACAGACUCCUCGGAAAAAAGAACUGCGUUGAACUCUUCAUAGCCCCAGUAAACAGGAAAGGAAUUUCUGAUACACUCCCAUCAGAAGAAGUCUUGCGGUCACUUAAUAUCAAUGUUCUACAACAGAGUUUAUCCCAGUUUGGGAUUACCGAAGUCUCCCCAGAGAAAAAUGUAUUGCAAGGCAAGCACGAAUCAGGUAAACUCUGGACCCAGGAAGGAUUUUAUGCUGUCAUCAUAUUUCUCAGCAUCUUUGUUAUUAUCGUGACAUGUUUGAUGGUACUGUACAGACUGAAGGAGAAAAUACAAUUUUCACGAAGACAAGAUAAGAACAAAAAACAGGAAAUACACCUUUCGUCCAUCCCUCUGCAGCGACCUCCCUCUGAAUAUAAGGUGGCAAACAGAAUGGUCCAGCCAGAACAGGCUCCUAAAGUUGUCGGUGUCCCAGUAGACCUGCAAGGACAAUGUGCUCCUGAACUCAAGCCCACCCUUUCUGCCAGUCCAUCGCCAUUCAAAAUGAAACCAGUGGGGCUUCAAGAAAGGCGAGGAUCCAAUGUCUCACUCACUUUGGACAUGAGCAGCUUGGGAAGUGUUGAACCUUUUGUGGCAGCCCCAACACCAAGAGAAAAAGUUGCAAUGGAAUAUCUGCAGUCAGCUAGCCGAGUCCUGACAAAGCAGCAAUUGCAAGACACAGUUGCAAGUUCGCAUUUGCUUCAGACUGAGUUCAUGGAAAUUCCAAUGAAUUUUGUGGAUCCUAAAGAAAUUGACAUUCCUAGUCAUGGAACUAAAAAUCGUUAUAAGACUAUUCUGCCAAAUCCUACAAGCAGGGUGUGUUUAAAACCAAAGAACCCUGGCAAUGCCUUGAGCACCUAUAUCAAUGCUAACUACAUUAGGGGUUAUGGUGGCCAGGAAAAGGCCUUCAUCGCAACCCAAGGGCCUAUGAUUAAUACAGUGAAUGACUUCUGGCAGAUGGUAUGGCAAGAGGACAGUCCUGUCAUUGUUAUGAUCACGAAGCUGAAGGAGAAAAAUGAGAAAUGUGUGCUGUACUGGCCAGAGAAGAGGGGGAUAUAUGGAAAAGUGGAAGUACUUGUGAACAGUGUGCAAGAGUAUGAGAAUUAUACUGUCCGCAACCUUACAUUAAAGCAAGGAAGUCAGUCAAAAUGUGUCAAACAUUAUUGGUACACAUCCUGGCCAGACCACAAAACUCCAGAUAGUGCUCAGCCUCUUCUACAGCUCAUGCUGGAUGUAGAAAAAGACAGAAUGGCAUCAGCUGGGAGAGGACCUGUAAUUGUGCAUUGCAGUGCUGGAAUAGGAAGAACUGGAUGUUUUAUUGCUACUACCAUCGGUUGUCAUCAACUGAAGGAAGAGGGAGUUGUUGAUGCUUUAAGCAUUGUCUGUCAACUGCGUUUGGACAGAGGUGGAAUGGUCCAAACAAGUGAACAGUAUGAAUUUGUGCAUCACGCAUUGAGCCUGUAUGAAAGCAGGUUGGCUGCAGAAGCUGUCCAGUGA